AUGAAUCUGAUGUGCCAAUACCCACGAAGAUCCGACAUUCUAUCACCUGACCGUAAAUCGAAGCAAGCAGAGCUCUUACUACAACAUGGAAUUUCACCCAUAAACUCUGAAGCAAAUAGCUCUGCAAGUUCACAUUGCUCGCCAGCGGUUGUCGGAAGCCCAAUAUCAUCACCGGCGGUUCCUUUCUCGCAAUCAGCGCACAACCUGAUGAGUGACGAUAGACACCUCAACUCGCUCUUGCAGCCACAAACAUCACAGAUUCUGACGCCCACAGAAUCCACGCUGCUCAGUCACUAUCUCGAGCACACUUCCCAAGAUAUGACCGUGGACGACGACGACCGAUACACUUUGCAGGUCGGAAUUCCGAACCUAGCUUUCCGGAACAAGCUCCUCAUGAAAUCUGUCCUCGCAUUCUCGGCAGUAUGUAAAUGCUGCGAUAUCAUCAAUCAGCCGUCAAUAUCAUAUGGAGACCGUGAGCGAGUCCUGGUGCUUCUCUCUAUUGCAGAUCAAUAUCAUAUGGAAUCACUGCGCGAGAUCCAAGCGACACUAGCUGAGACUGAUCAAUACGACCAUAUUCUUGCAAAUGCAGCUAUGAUGGGAAUGUAUGGAUCAAGCAGCCACUGUAUCAGAAUCUGGCUAGCGGAAACAGCAUCCGACAACGACCUAGAAAGGGAGAGGUUUAUGCCAAAAGGUUGCCAAUGGAUUAGUCUCUUCCGCGCCGUGCGCGUGGCCUAUACAGGAUUAUUCAACGACAAAUUUAAAGCAGAGGAUCUCGUUCAAUUUGCCCCAGCCACAUCACCUACUGACCCUAUGGCAAGCUGGGACUUUCAGAUCCGUUGCAAAUGCAAGGUGAAAUCUUGGGGUGAGCGACAAAAGGAGCCUCAGGAUCAUGCUUUGUAUCCUAUUCUAGCUGCUACGGUGGUAUCCGCACUGAAGGGGUUACGAAAAAGGGCCAAAGAAAUCGUCCGAAACGGGAUGGGUGGCUAUCGAGACCGGGAUAUACCAGCCAUCCAUAACGACUCCGAUGUUCAAGCAUGUUUUGCUGCGUUAGAACUAUUUGAAAAUAUUGUAUCCAAAACCUUCCCGGAUAAGGAAUUGAUGUCAAACACGCCAGGCCAUCCUCAUCUCCAUUCCGAAGUCGAUCUUAGUACAGUUGGAAAAGCUUCCAAAGUUUCGCCUUGGAUGCGGAGAUACGCAGCUAAAAUAACUUCGAUAAUCCCGUCGGAGCUUCCGCGAAGGUUCAUUAUGGCAUUUGUUCACAAAGCUCCUACGAGAUAUUUGAGCUUGGUUGAAGACAUGAUGGGUCUCAUGCAAAGCGGAGCACCGUGUGGACAUGGAAUAACUAGGUGCUCCUUGAAUCCCAUAAAUUUGGAGCCUAGUAUACCACACCAGCUAGCUAUGGAUAUAUUUGCCCAUUGGCUUGUUCUGGUUAUGUUACUAGACAAGGUGUGGUGGAUUGGUCGCAUUGGGGCCUGGGAGCUUGGGCAACUUAUAUCCCUUAGGCAAGAUACGCGAUGGUGUAUGUCUCUGUGGAAGAUAGAUGGUGAUUGGUGGCCGGAAAGUAUGUUUGAAAUCAGCAGACAGUUCAAUAAACACCGAGCGAAUGAUGAAGUAUGA